AUGGAACCUGGUGAACGGAUUGGAUUGGCGCGGAAAGUGAUCAUAUUAGCUCCGCACAGAACUGCAGCGAUUGUUCGGUGAUCAAAAAAAUCCCUACCCCUCCCGCCCUGUGGCGCAUUAUGAGCGAGAGUGUCAAAGUUAUUGUUCGUUGUCGACCACUGAAUGAAAAAGAGCGAGAAAUGAAAACACGACUUGUCGUAGAAACAAAUGCUUCAUUGCAGCAGUGUAGCAUUAAAAGACCGUGGGACAAUUCUAAGUCCUCCAAAAUAUUUACCUUCGAUGGAGUGUAUGGGAUUUCAAGCUCUACUGAGAUGAUAUACUCUGAAAUUGUUCGUCCGAUUGUAAAUGGCGUUCUUGAUGGAUACAAUGGUACAGUAUUUGCUUACGGUCAAACCUCGUGCGGGAAAACUUUCACAAUGGAAGGUAUUGAAAGUCCCUCUGCUCAAAAGGGUAUCAUUCCUAGAUGCUGUGAACAUAUUCUGAGCGUCACUCGACAACGCAGCUUUGAUGAACUUCCUAAAUAUCUACUGCGUGUUUCUUACCUUGAGAUCUACAAUGAAGAAAUCAGAGAUCUACUUGUCAAAGAGUGCAGAUACAAGCCCGAGAUCAAAGAACACCCUGACAAGGGGAUUUAUGUCAAAGGUUUGUCCAGUAUCACUGUGGAUAGCUACGAAGAUAUGCAGGAGAUAUUUGAGUCAGGAGGGAAACAUCGAUCAGUUGGCGCAACAGCGCUCAAUUCUGAUUCCUCUCGGUCGCAUUCCAUCUUCACUGUUGAUUUAGAAUCGUGUCUUCGUUCACAUCCGAGAGAAACAGAAGUGUAUAGAACCGGAAAGCUCAAUCUUGUUGAUCUCGCCGGAAGUGAGCGACAAAGCAAAUCUGGCUGCACUGGUGAACGAUUUAAAGAAUCUACUAAGAUAAACCUGUCUCUGUCUGUGCUAGGGAAUGUCAUAUCAGCUUUAGUGGACGGGAAGUGUAAAUACGUACCUUAUCGAGACUCUAAGCUCACAAGGCUUCUACAGGAUUCCUUGGGAGGAAACUCUAAAACGAUAAUGGUGGUUUGUAUAAGUCCGGGAGAGAACAACUACGAGGAAACGCUGAGUACUCUUAGGUACGCAAAGCGUGCAAAGGACAUCAGGAACAAACCCAAGAUCAACGAGGAUCCUAAAGACACAAUUAUUAAACGAUAUCAUGACGAAAUUCAACAACUUAAAAAAAUAAUUGCCAAAGAAAUUCCAGUUCCGAAACAGUUAGUUACUGAGCUUAAAGGUAAGGCUUUGUUUUUUUCUUAGAUAGUGACGGAGGAUUUGGGAGGAAAAAAAUAGCCAGAUUCCUAUUGAUAAGUAAGGGCCGCUGAGCAUGAUUUUCUCAAAUCGAGUUUAAGUAGUUUCAGAAAAACUUAUGUAUCACAAGGGGCUGGUUUGGUCUGAAUUGUAAGCACAGGCCAACAGUUAGACAGAGCAAUAUGAAGACCGUCAGCGCUAUUUGCUGAGGUUUUUCAUAAUUUUAAUAUUUUGUUAUUUUAGUCCCAACAAAGUACGAAAUAUAAAUAUCAACUUUUCCGAUUUUCUGUAUAGUGCGUUGAAUACCUUAGCAAAGUUCGCCCCAACGCCGCACAUACUUGGGAAUAUCUCCUGGUACAUAGGGUCCCUAGAACGUUAGGGGUGUACUGAGGUAAUAGUAAUGCAGGUAAUGAUUGCACUGCCACAUUAGCUGUGAACAGCCCCCACUAAAGACAGGUAUCAAUCAAUUUGUAAGGGAGUCAUUCGAUAUUAAAAUCAAAGCAAACCUCUCUUUAGUGUCGUAACAUCAGAGCAGUUUCAAGUGAGUGUCGAAAGUAAUUUAGAAUAGAAUUGUUUACCUAUAAUAUCUAUGAUUGGUCCACAAAACCUUGCGCCAUCUUCGCAACCAAUCAGAUACUGCUUUGUUCUGGUUGGCCUUAAAUAUAGACGAACUCAUUUGAAAGUGCAUAUUGUUAUUUACAACACGCAUACGUUUACCUUUUUCAGAAACAACUGAAGAAACCAUUAGUAAAACAUCAACUUACUACCGGACCUUGGCACAGCAAAGUGAGAAUCAUUUGAGCCAGUCGAGCGUAAAAGAUUAUCAAAUGAGACUUUUUGAAACGCAAAAGCUUCAUAUCAAAGCUUGCGAAGAAACAACCACACUAAAGAGAGAACUUGAUGAACUUAGAGCGCAGCUUCAGAUUCAGCGGAAAAGAUAUGAAUACGAAGCGAGAAGGAGCAUGCUUGAGGAACAUAAAACUGCUUUGAUGCUAUUGCGCGAGCGACGAAUUGCAGACGGAUGCAGUGCUUCGGACAACAGGAACCUUGCAAGAGUAAAAAAUCAAAGUGAGACGCAUUACACUUCGUUCAGUUUACCGGAAAUUACGUCAUCUAGAGGAUUAUCACAGGAAAUUACGACACGGGAAUUGACGAUUUCACCAGCACAUACAGACCUGGAGUAUUCAAAUUUUAACUUUGAGAACCUGACGGAUGUGACGUCGGAAACAGAGAGGGCGUCAGAACCGGAAGGUAAAUCCUCACCGGAAGUACCUGCCAUGAUAUCUGUGUCAACUUCAACGGACGAUCUUCGCGAUCUCGAAACAGAUGUCGAUUCAACAGACGAGGAUCAACCGAAGAGGGAAUGGGAUACUCGAGAAAACAGUUUGUGUCGAGAAGAGGCCGAAGGACGAUCAAGAAGUGUGUCGCCGUACACAGCAGAAAAGGAAAGGUAUGCUGGUGUCGAGCCCUCCAACAGCGAAGUCAUUUACCCACUGGACGAGGAGGUAAAUAUCAACUAG